CCCAGUAAUUCAGAAGCUGGAGAUUCUCAUCCCGGUUCCAAGAAUCGAUGCUGUAGGAAGUGAGUGAAAAGACGGUACCUUGGGAGGAGCUGGGGUAUCAUCUGACAUGCUGUGGAGCCUUCACAAUGGUCAACUCGACCGUGUCACCCUGAGGAACCGGUGCUCCCCAUCAAUUGGGAAAAGCGCUUUGGGAGAGUGAGGCACAACUGAGACUCCAGCAGCGCCAACAGAGAGACGAGCCCUCACCACCUGAGACUGGGAGACAAGCCGAUUGUGGCAAUGGAAUCUGUGGUGAGGAAGUGCUGCUCCUAUCGCACCUUGAAGAGGAGAUUGCCAAUUCUGGCCUGGAUGCCUCAGUAUUCUCUCCGGUGGCUGAAAAUGGAUUUACUGGCGGGAGUAACUGUGGGGCUGACAGUGGUGCCCCAGGCACUAGCCUAUGCUGAAAUAGCAGGCCUUCCUGUUCAGUAUGGGCUUUAUUCUUCAUUCAUGGGCUGUUUUGUGUACUGCCUCCUCGGUACCUCCAAAGACAUCACUCUGGGUCCAACAGCGAUCAUGUCCCUCCUCGUUGCUUCAUAUGCCUAUCACAACCCAGUAUAUGCGGUGUUGCUGGCUUUCCUCUGUGGCUGCAUUCAACUGGCAAUGGGAAUCCUGCAACUCGGUUUCCUGGUUGAUUUUAUUUCCUAUCCUGUAAUAAAGGGAUUCACCUCGUCUGCUGCUGUGACCAUUGGCUUUGGACAAGUGAAGAAUAUCCUUGGUCUCCAUGACAUUCCCCGUCAAUUCUUCCGCGAGGUAUACUACACGUUCCAUAAUAUUGCAGAGACCAGGAUCGGAGACCUCGUGUUAGGCUUGGUCUGUGUCUUGCUGCUUGUGCUGUUGAAGAUGAUGAAGAACCAGCUUCCGGAAAAAUCCGACCACCUGCUGCUCCUCAACAGGGUGUGUUACAACAUUGUCAACUUCACUGGAACAGCCCGGAAUGCUGUGAUCGUGGUAGCUGCCAGUCUUGUCGCUUACAGCUUUGAAAGCCAAGAUCAGCACGUGUUCACUCUGACAGGAAAAACUGCCCAGGGUCUCCCACCUUUCCGGCUCCCGCCUUUCUCAGACACAGCAUCCAAUAGUACUGUUGGCUUCACUGAGAUGCUUCAGAACUUUGGAGCAGGAUUAGCUGUGGUGCCGCUAGUUGGAUUUCUGGAAAGUAUUGCGAUAGCCAAAGCCUUUGCCAGUCAGAACAACUACAGAAUCGACCCGAAUCAGGAACUCAUUGCAAUCGGCACUACGAACAUUCUGGGCUCUCUUCUCUCUUCUUACCCAGUAACCGGGAGUUUCGGGAGGACUGCUGUGAAUUCCCAGACUGGGGUGUGCAGCACCGCUGGAGGAAUAGCCACUGGGGUCAUUGUGCUGCUGUCUCUGGCUUUCCUCACUCCUCUAUUCUUCUACAUCCCCAAAGCGGCACUGGCGGCUGUAAUCAUCUGUGCCGUCUCCACCGUGUUCGACUUGGGGAUUGUUGCCACACUCUGGAGGGUGAAAAAACUGGACCUGCUGCCUUUCCUAGCAUCAUUCCUGGGUUGUUUUUGGGAAAUCCAAUAUGGAAUUCUGGCCGGAAUUGCUAUAUCUGGGAUAAUUCUGUUUUUUAACAUCGCCAGACCUGAAAUUAAGAUUGCUGAUUAUGGUACAGUUGUAGUGCAGUUACAGAGUGGUCUGAAUUUCCCUGCUGUUGAACAUGUUUGUGACCAGCUGUACCAGCAUGUGUUCGAAGCAGCAGUGCCUCCCCGUUCUGUGAUACUGGACUGUCUGCAUGUCAGCAGCAUUGACUACACAACAGUGAACGGCUUAAGGGAGCUGAUCCGGACAUUUCAACAACAGAACGUGUGCCUACUGUUCUCUCAUUUCCAGCCUAAGAUUCUGUCCAUAUUGACUUCAGCAGAGAUCGAAGGAUUUAGACACUUUGACAGUAUUGAGACUGCACUCCAUCAUCUACAUGGAGAUGACUCCACACACGACCUGUACGACGAUGAGAAACCUCUACUCAGCAGGAAUGAGAGAUUUUACAGCUAGCCGGAAUGCACUACCUUUUCGCCAAGCAAGUGUUGGCUGCUCCACAAACUGUUCAGUCCCAUUAACGAUAAGUGCAACACAUCGGCGAGUUCUGAGCUGCUUCAGUGGGGGGAAGACCCAACACUGCAUCCAGCCCACAGGGAGAGGAGGUCCAUGUGUAUCACCAGCAUUGAUAGAACUGACCCUGAAUGGUUUGGGACUCCGUUAAAAAGGAAUGGGUACAUAAUCUUUAACCAACCCCACCCCCUCAAUCCUGCAUCCUGCUCAGCCUCUUCACUCUGACUUAUAUUUUUCAAAUGUUAACCCACUGAUUUGUCUGAAUCCUUGUGUGUUUUUGUACUGGUAUAGUAUUUAGCACUAAUCACUUUAAUUAGUUAAUUAAUUAAGAGCCUUUGCCCAUUGUCUGACAAUGAGAGCCAUCAGUUCCUUGCUCUGGGUACAGGCUCUAGAGAUCAGAGAUUUGAUGGAAGGGUUUGCCUUUGGGAGGAUGGGCGAGUGGUGGAACAUUGCAACAAGUAGCCAGUGUCAGAUUGGGAUAGGAACAGGGACCCAUAGAUCGGAGAUUCCACUCUCUUCAGCUAGAGCAGCUGUAGAUGUUAAUCCUGGUCAGACAAAUCACUUCAGCAUAGUGUGUGUUGCUCCAGCCUCUGUCAUCUUUCCAUACUUGGUAAGAAUGCAAGUUUCCUGUGUACUGCAAGAUUGCACAGUCUGCACCCAUUGCUACUGAGCAUGGAUUUUGUCAUCCAUUUUAUUCUGAUUGUCAAAUUGGCAAUGACACCUGUCCCAGUGCGCAUUUGCACUCCUGCACUUUAUUUCGCACAUUGAUGAUUUACCUACACCAUUCCCAUCCUAGUUUAGCCAUUCUGCAGGUUGGUGAGCGGUCAGGGUGCCAGAAAUACCAAAUCUGACAGUAGCUGAGGAACAAAUUGUUGGCCCAAAACAUAGUGAGCAAAUGAGGGUUCAGUGAAAUUACUUGAGGAAUUGUCACUCAGGAAAGGUUAGCACAAACAUUGGAAUUAUUAGCCAAGUUCUGAGACAGCUUCAAGAUCUUGCAGCAGUGACUGCUUUUUACUAGUUUGUCUAAAUCAGAGACUAUCAGAUCAGCUCAAGGAUUCUGCACUGUGUAAAUAUUUAACUUUGUCCUGAAGGAAAUUGUAAAGUUUCACUGAUUAGGAGAAUUUUAGUUCUGUAAUUGUUGACGUAUUAACAGUCUAAUUGUAAGCCCUUAUCCAAUCUUAAACCUUGUACACAAGGUGGAAGUUUCUGAAACACUGAUCCAUUAUUUGCACAGGGGCAUUAGCAGCAAGCAGGAACUUAUCAUAUCCCACAGUGCUUUUUAUUAUUGCAUGAUACGUCUAUUAGAAAUCAUUUACUGAGGAGGAUCAGUGUGUAAAGCAGACUCUCUGCCUCAGUCAAUCCAAUAUUUUAUUGCAAUUGAUUCAACUAUUUAAAGUACUCCUAGCGUUUCUUGACUUCACGGGAUUAAAUUACAAGAAGAGAUUACACAAACAAGGGCUGUGUUCCCUGGAGUUUGGAAGAUUAAAGGAUUUGAUUUGAGUUAAAUUUAAGAUAUUCGGGGGAAUAGACUGGGUCAACUUUGUGCUGGUUGGGGAGUCCAGGAUUAGGGGAUUAUAGUGUAAAAACUAGAGCCAGAUGUUUCAUGGGUGAAGCUGGGGAAACACUUCUAAACACACAUGGUGGUAGAAGAUUAGAACUCUUCUGAAUGGAUUUUGAUGCUGGGACAAUUGGUGCUAAAUCUGAGACUGAUAGCUUUCUUAUAACCAAAGGUGUAUAUGGGGCAAAGGGGUGAGCGUACAUUAUCUCAUUGAAUGGCGCAACAGCUCCGGGUUAAAUAGCUUUUUUGUUCCUAUGUUCUGGUGUGCUUGUGAUCAGGAUGGUGGAUGACUGGUAAGUCCUUUUUACAUUGAAAGUUUUCUGGUAACUGGGCAUUACACAGCAGCAGCUGGUUGUUUUAGAAAAGGUACAAGAAAGCUUGGUUUAACUUUAAGGAAUUGGAAGAGGCAGGAGCAGCCUGAGAUUCUUUGCUCUGAAGGUGAAGGUACAACUUAAUGAAAAGAAUCUUGUCCAUUUACCAGUCCUCACUGGGGUCUCUUUGUUGGCACAUCCUUCUCUUUCAGAAGAGGACCAUUUAUUUGCUAAUUGUAGUUUAUAUUGGUUUUAAGUCCAGCUUUAUCCUCUGUCUUUUAAUAAAUGACCAAUGGCAUCAACCAGUAGUUGAUGUUGGCUGAGUUUUGUUUCCAAGUGGGAUGGGAUGACUGGAUAUGAAAGAACAGCUACUCCUGAUUUGGUGCAGCAUAAAAAGACCAAGCUCCCACCAUUAUCCUAUAAUACAAUGUCGCAUUGGCUAUAAUCCGCAGGGACUGAGGCAACAUGAAGGAACAGACUAAUGUUACAUUGCAAGUUUGAAAUAGAUUUUAGUAUGAAGAGCUAGGGAAGGUGUUAUUUGUGCGGCUGUGAUUUGAGUUGCACAGGGGUGUUUUGUAGUUACCCAAACUGUAACCUGGGACCAAAUAAAUCUACUGUCACUUUUAUAAUGAA